GGGGAUGCCCGCAGAGCCCCGGGCCGGGCCGGGCACAUUCCGGGGCCGCGGGAGGAGCCGCUGGAACGGGAAUUGCCCAACGCGUCCGGCGCUGACUCAGCCCGGGCGGGGCUCCCCGACUUUCCCCGGGGUUUCUUUUUCCCGAUCCCACGAACUCCGAAGCGGAGCGGAGCCGCCGCCUGUCCCAGCCAUGCCCACGGAGACGGAGCGCUGCAUCGAGUCGCUGCUGGCCGUGUUCCAGCGCUACGCCGGGCGCGAGGGCGACGCCUGCACGCUCUCCAAGCGGGAAUUCCGCGCCUUCAUGGACACCGAGCUGGCCGCCUUCACCAAGAACCAGAAGGACCCGGGCGUGGUGGACAGGAUGAUGAAGAAGCUGGACAUGAACAGCGACGGGCAGCUGGACUUCCAGGAGUUCCUGAACCUCAUCGGGGGCAUCGCCGUGGCCUGCCACGACUCCCUGGUCCUCAAGGCCCCCAAACCCUGA